AAUCGGACGGACUACCGAGUCCAGGGAGCGGGACGCGUUCGCUUCUCUCCCCCACCCGACCCCACUUUUCUUGUUUCUUCCACGUGUUGAAAACCUCGGAUAAGUGGGUGGGGGGAAAAAAAAGAAGAAGCCCGGAGUCCAAACCCCCGACUUUGCGCUUGAGAUCGCGGGUGGUUUUGCCUUUUUUUUUUUUUUUUUUCAAUUCAGCCUCAAUUCUUCGCUCUGCCUCCCAAACGUUCAGGAAGAUUGCAAAAGAAAAAAAGAGAGGGGUGGGGGUGCGGGGAGGAAGAAGCGUCAAAGCCACAAGAUGCAACGCCACGCCACCCUGCGAGCAAAAAGCCUGUCCCCUUCGGCCUGAAAAGCAGAAGCCCGUCUGAUUUGCCCGACAGCUCCUCCGCCUCAGCCCGUGCUUGUGACUAGCAAGCGGUGGCGGCAAAAAAAAGCGGCCGUAGUCAGGGAGAGGAGGCGGCGGCGGCGGCGGAGGAGGAGUAGGAGGAGGACGGCUGAGCCCUCCCCUCCUCGUCUUUUGCCUGGGCGAAGAAUGCCGGAGGCGCCUGUGGCCGCCCUGCGCGGAGCUUGAAGGCAGCGCCUUGUGCCGUCGACGCCCAGCUCGACCAUGGUGGCUCCCUUUUCUUGACGCCGGAGCGGCUUCUUAGCCAAGGACGGAGGGGUUUUCCGCCGUCCCCCUCGCAGCGGGCUGGUAUGCGCGGGCAGCGGCGGGAUGGCCUCGGCUGUGUUUGAGGGCACCUCGCUGGUGAACAUGUACGUGCGGGGCUGCUGGGUGAACGGCAUCCGGAGGCUGAUCGUCAACCGACGCGGGGACGAGGAGGAGUUCUUUGAGAUCCGAACCGAGUGGUCGGACCGGAACGUCCUUUACUUGCACCGCAGCUACUCGGACUUGGGCCGCCUCUUCAAGCGCCUGCUGGACUCUUUCCCGGAGGAUCGUCCCGAGCUGUCACAGUCCCCCUUCCUCCAAGGCUUAAUUACAAUUAAAGAGUCUCAUGACAUAGAAGCCAGGCUGAACGAGGUAGAGAAGCUCCUAAAGAAUAUUAUAAAUAUGCCUUGGAAGUAUUCCAGAUCUGAAGUUGUUCUCACCUUUUUCGAAAGGUCUCCUUUAGAUCAAGUGUUAAAAAAUGACAACAUCCAUAAAAUCCAACCAAGUUUCCAGAGUCCAGUUAAAAUAUCUGAAAUCAUGCGUUCGAAUGGAUUUUGUUUAGCUAAUACUGAAACAAUAGUGAUCGAUCACAGUAUACCGAACGGCAAAGAAAGACACUUGGACACCGAUUCAGCAGAACACUUGUUUGAAAAUGUUAGUGAAUUUACCUCUGAGUUGCAGGACACUGAUGACCCAACAGCUUAUGUCACCAACUUGUCAUACUAUCAUCUGGUUCCAUUUGAAACGGAUAUUUUGGACUAAGACUGUCAAACAGACUUUACGGCUGACAUCAGGCAAUCGUCUUUUCUUGGGGCAUUCAGUGCCACCCUAGCUUUGCACUGAUCAAGCCUGCUACAAGUAUUUGAUGCAAGACAGAAAAAGGAUUCCUACCAAAGGUAGACCUUGAAGCUGAUAUCAUUGUUUGAUUCUUCACUGAGCCUGGGUCAACUUGCAAGGAUGUUUUUCUCCUCUAAUGGACAAAGAAGUUUUUAUAUGGCCAAAAAGAAGGAAACAAGGACAUCAAAAGCUACGUUGAUUCAAAGAAUAAGCGAUGUAGUGAUGAAACUUUGAUGUUACCAAAAUGAGAAAAAAGGCAUCAGUGGUACCAAUAGCUACAGUGACAUUUGAAAAUAAACUUUUACAUUCCUUCUCUUUCAAGUGGUCUCUAAUCACACCCAACAUUUUGAACCUCUUUUUAAUUGAAAGAUUCAUUAUGAUCAGACACUAGAGGAUUUUUAUUAUGAUGAUUAUUAUUUCUCAUGACGGCUUGCAAGAAAUGUCCAGUAGUUCGUUUACAGGGAAGUAUUCCAGAGUAAGUGAUGCCUUAUGUAAUGUGUGCCUACAAGAAAUAAGCUCAUGAAUUGACUGCUUAGUUUAACUUACCGUAUAUACUCGAAUAUAAGCCGAUCCGAGUAUAAGCCGAGGUCCCCAAUUUUACCCCAAAAACUGGGGUAAACUGGGGACUCGAGUAUAAGCCGAGGGUGGGAAAUGAGGCACCUAC